AUGUCCGGAAACAGACUAGAUGGUAUUGAUAAAGAAAGAAAUAUUGAGAUUUUGGAGCAAUUGAACGAGAGGCUGGAACUAAACACAAGGCUGCUUGAACUUCAGCAGGAGUUUUCAGCAAUUAAAGAAGGUCUUAAGAAUGAUGUUAGAGAGUAUGAGGAGGCUGAGAGAAAUCUUUUAGAAUCUAAUAAAGAACUAGAGGAGCAUUUGCAACCUCAACUAGAUGCUUUAGAGCUGCUUAUAAAAGCGAAUGGUGGUGAAGUUGAAAUUGACGAUGAUGAAAGUGAUGAAAAUGAUGAAAGUGAUGAAAAUGAUGCUGAUGAAUGA